UAGAGAGAGAGGGAGACGGAGACGGAGAUGGCGGUGAGACGGAGAGCAGUGGCAACAUUACCAACGUUGAUGCGAGCCCUAAGAAAGGGUGUUAGUCCAAACCCAAAGCCACAGAACCAACCUUUACCAUCAUUGCGACGAGCUUUCUCUCUCUACGACCAGAUCAAUCUCAUCGACAACGUCCCCGAGGACCAAUUACGCUUUCAAAAGUUUACGGAUACAGGGUUCAUGGUUAAUGGGGUUCAUUAUGAAGGUAGCCUUCUUUGUGUUGGAAACCUGCUAAUGUCUUGGAGCCCCAAAACAUUUUCGGAGAUCACUGCAGAUAGCUUAUCUCUAUUCCAAAUUGUGCGGCCUAUUCCAGAAAUCUUAGUUCUUGGCUGUGGGAGAUACAUCCAACAAGUAGAUCCUGAGCUCCAACGCUUCAUUCGGUCUACUGGCAUGAAAUUAGAAACAGUUGACUCGAGAAAUGCUGCGUCAACUUACAACAUAUUAAAUGAAGAAGGCAGGAUUGUGGCAGCUGCACUUCUCCCAUAUGGAGUGUCUUCUUGAAGCCUAACCUGACAUGCAGAUUCUUGUUUGCUUGAUGUUUGCUUCCGAGCUCGGGUUUUUGAUUGUUCCUUUUUAAGAUGACCCUCAAAAGAACUUCUUCAUCCUCUGUUUAGAACUGUAACAGACUUUUCACUGAGUUUUGUCCAAUUCAAAUUUUUUUUUGGUGAAUACAUGUUUUAUGCCAGAGGCUGUGUAGCUUGUUAAGAACCUGCAGACAUUUUCAGCUGCACUGGGGAAUCUUUGGAAUACCAAUAUCAAUGGAGAUGCCAUGCAGGCGGGUUAAUUUGGAGCAAGUUUCUUGGAAGUGUUUUCUGUAUACAAAUGAUUUUAUCAGUGUUCAAGCUUGAGAAUCAGUCUCUUAAAAAUGGGAUAAGCUUGUCUAUUGCUCACUUCUCCUGAAUCUUGCAAUAAGCUGAA